AUGAUGGACAGGCAGAUCCUCUUCCUGUCCCUGCUCGUGCUGACAGGCACUGCGAACCAGUGGGAUCACAUCUACUCAGAAAAGCGCUGCUGCAAUGCUGAGAGCCACGACAAGCUGCUUCAGUGUGCGAACUCUUCAACUCACCGAUCAUCUGCGAAGAUCCACCUGGUGAGUUUGGCCACAGCAGACAUUCACAGCUAUGCUGUCUAUGUGGCAGCCAUCAAUUCUGCACACGCAGCGUCGUUUGGCAACAGCUUCCAGCUGGCCACGGGGAGCUUUCGACUGGGACCUGAUCUGAAGCUGCUGUGGAGAGCUGGCAAUGUCGCUACCAUCUUGGAGGCCCUGAAAGUGGCCUCGGAGGCAACCUGGGUCGCAUACCUCGAUGCAGAUGCAGCGGUUGUCGACUUCAGCAAAGAUGCACUCAGUGCCGUGGUGGAGGCACAUGCAUCGGAGGAAACUCACUUGUUGGUGAGUCGUGGAGAGCUGAUCGGACCGGGGACAUCCAGCAUGUUCAACUCGGGAUUCCUGUUGGUGAGACAGCAUCCGUGGGCUCACGAUUUCGUCGAGCUGUGGCUGUCCAAGCUUUCUUCUUCGUCCCAGAACGACCAGGAAGUGCUGGAGAAGCUCUAUCGGCAAGACGCCUUGGGCUGCCGGCGUCAUGUUGGUAUCCUCCCCAUGGGCCUGGUCUAUAGCGAGAUCGGAAAUCCCAUCUCUGGGCCGCCGGACCUGCAGCACGUGGUCCACUUGGCAGGUGUUCCCGACGAGGUGCGUCGUGGCGUCUUCUCUGCCUUCUGGAGGGACCUCUGCGACGGGGGCAAGGAAUCCAUGGCCCUGCCAGGCAGCGUGGGGCUGCGUGAAGCGUACCUCCAGCAAAUGGCAGCCUUCCUGCACAACAGCAGCACAGGAGAUGGCCUCGAGGUCGAUGUGUGUCAGACAUCUGUGAGUCCGCGGCAGUGUUUGGAGGCUGCGGAGCGGUUGGCCUUUGGACUUCAGCUGCAGAACCGGCAAACAGAAGCCGUCAUGUGGGCUUCAGGGGCGUUGCUGGGCCGCGAGCGCCGCCUUGGCGCGCUAGACGAGGACACGCUGGCCAGCCGAAGCACCCUCGCAACCGUGAUGGAGGCUGCAGGACGCAAGGAGGAGGCGCUGGCCUUCCACGAGGCUGCCUGGCAGGGCCGCCAGGUCACGUACGGUCGUCAUCACCGUGCAACGCUGCUUAGUGCCGCAAAGCUUGGAUCCCACUUGCUGGCACAGAGCAGGCUGCAGGAGGCUACGGUGCAUCUUCAGGCGGCACAGCAGCUGGCGGAGAUGUUGGGCCCACAGCACUCGAGCAGCAUUACUGCAGCUGCUGCCCUCGCACUGGCCUACGCCAAGCAAAGCCGCCUCAAAGAAGCACUCCUGCUGUACCAACGCACUGCGCGCUUGGCGGCUCAAGGCCUGGGCAAGCACCAUGCGACAACUCUCGACUUGAGGCUGGGGGUGGCAGACGCGCUGCAGAAGCUGGGCCGACAUGACGAGGCAGCUGCCGCCGGGGCGCGGCUCCUGCGGGCGCAACGUGCCCUGGCCGUGCCCUCCCACAACGACCAGCUCCGCUUGGCACGUGCCCUGGAGCUGACGGCUGGAGCGGCGGGCGGAGCAGGCCCCGGCCCCAAAGCUUCAGCUCUUCCGAAGCGCCUGGAGCUCAUGCAGGAGGCGGCCGAGGUGUACGCCAAGGUCGGUGCCAAAGCCUCAAGUGUCUCGGCCCUACGCUCCACCGCCGACAUGCUACAAGCAGCCGGGCGCGCGUCGGAAGCAGAGAGUUGGUUCCGGCGAGCACUGGCAGCUGCAGAAGCCGAGAGAUAUGAGGGCUCUGAGGGCUCCGAGGGCGUCUCUCCUGCCUCUGCCGCGGCCUCUGCCGCGGCCUCUGCUGCCUCGGCCAACAAUCUGGCCAUGCUCUUGCGUGGGCGUGGGAGAGGCUCCGAGGCUGAAGGCCUGUUGCGGAGUGCUGCACAGGGCUUCGCACAGGCUCACCAGCGAGGCGCUCAGCUGAGGGCACUGGGCAAUCUUGCAGACAUGCUGAGGGCCAGUGGGCGCGGAACGGAAGCGUUUCAGGUCUCCAAACAUGUGCUACAAAAUAUCGAGCAGAUGGACAGCGAAGAUGAUGUGCUCACGGCCAAGAGCAACCACGCGCUCUUGCUCUACAGCCUCCGCCGGCAAGCCGAAGCUGAAAAGCUGUACCUGGAGGUGCUGACGCACGCCGAGCGAGUCUUCGGCACGCACUCCAGCCAGGCAGCCGCUGCACGUGCAGACCUACAAGAGCUUCGUCGCCGGGAGGCGAUGCACCUGAAACAUAGGGCAUAG